GGCGGUGGCGGCGGGGCUGUCUGAGGGAAUGCGAGCGGCCAAGAUGGCUGCCGCUGCCGCCGCUGCCGCGCGUCACUUGCUGAGGAGCUGCAGCCAGCUGCGGGUGCCGCUGCGAUGGAGAGGCCAGGCCACGGCGGCGGCGGUGACGGAGAGCGCCCGGCCGCGGGAGCAGCCCCAGGAGCGGAAACCUAAGACAGGGAUCUUGAUGUUGAACAUGGGAGGCCCGGAGCGGCUGGACGACGUCCACGAUUUCCUGCUGCGUCUCUUCCUGGACAGGGAUCUGAUGACCCUUCCCGUUCAGAACAAGCUGGCCCCGCUGAUCGCCCGGCGCCGCACGCCCAAGAUCCAGGAGCAGUACAGCCGCAUCGGCGGCGGCUCCCCCAUCAAGAAGUGGACGGCGCUGCAGGGAGAGGGCAUGGUGAAGCUGCUGGACAGCAUGUCUCCUGGCACUGCCCCUCACAAGUACUACAUCGGGUUCCGCUACGUGCACCCGCUGACCGAGGAGGCCGUGGAGCAGAUGGAGAGGGACGGCAUCCAGAGGGCCAUCGCCUUCACCCAGUACCCCCAGUACAGCUGCUCCACCACAGGAAGCAGUUUAAAUGCCAUUUAUCGCUACUAUAACCAGAGAGGGGAGAAGCCCAAGAUGAAGUGGAGCAUAAUUGACCGAUGGCCCACACAUCCCCUUCUCAUUCAGUGCUUUGCCGAUCACAUCCAGAAGGAGCUGAACCUGUUCCCACCAGACAAAAGGAAAGAGGUGGUCAUCCUCUUCUCAGCCCACUCGCUGCCCAUGUCUGUGGUGAACCGUGGUGAUCCCUACCCUCAGGAAGUGGGAGCUACUGUCCAGAGGGUCAUGGAGAAGCUCAACUACUCCAACCCUUACAGGCUGGUGUGGCAGUCCAAGGUGGGACCAAUGCCCUGGCUUGGUCCCCAGACAGACGAGACCAUUAAGGGCCUGUGCCAGAGAGGAAAGAAGAACAUGCUGCUGGUCCCAAUAGCAUUUACCAGUGACCACAUUGAGACUCUGUAUGAGCUGGACAUCGAGUAUGCCCAGGUUUUGGCCAACGAGUGUGGAGUUGAAAACAUCAGAAGAGCGGAGUCUCUCAAUGGAAAUCCACUCUUCUCCAAGGCCCUGGCAGACCUGGUGUGCUCCCACCUGCAGUCCAACGAGGUGUGCUCCCGGCAGCUGACGCUGUGCUGCCCGCUGUGCGUCAACCCCGUGUGCCGGGAGACCAAGGCGUUCUUCAGCAGCCAGCCCCUGUGAGCAGCCAGCAGCCCUCGGGACAGCCCAGGGCUGCUGCGGGCCUGCAGCACGCACGGCCUGGCUGGGGGCAUCCUUCUGGAGUUUCCUUCGGUUGAGGAGAGUUGUAGGAAGUAGGGAGAUCAGGGCAUUUAUCCUGUCAGGUGUGAGGAGAUCUCCUGUCAUCCGACCCCGAUGGGACUUAUUGUGAGCCCAGCAGGACACACUGAAAAUCCUACACAGCUUUUUUACAGUUAGCUUCUAUUUCUAUGCAGGGAUUUAUUGUGUGCGGGGUGGUCAGGAGCUUAUUAACUUGGCCAGGUUGAAGGUGCACUGAUUUUGGUUUUGCUUGAGGUGCAGUGUGACCAGCACAGUCUGUUGUCUGUUCUGAGAGGGACUUUGCAGCUGGCUUUGGAGACUUUGGAGAUCAGGUUACUUCUAAUGCUUUUUAAUAAGGUGUGUAUGUGUAUAUAUUUUUUUUCUUUUUUUUUUUUAUAGACAUAAAGAUAAGGCUUUGUUUUGUUUUGUUUUGGUUUUCUCCUGCCGGAAACUUCCUGUGAAAGCUUAGCUGGGAUAGUAGAACGCACAAAACUUGUUUACAUUUUCUAGGAAAAACAUUUUCAUUAUCUGCAGGAAAGUAUUUGUUGAGCAUAAUUUGAAAGGAAUUAGCCUGCUUGGGUAAUACUGGAGAAUUUGCUCCAUUGAAACUGUGUGUUUCAAGUCUAGCAGGAGCAUGUGUGGAAACAUGUUGGCUUAUCUGUUAAGCAGAAUGGGUUUUUAAAUUCUUCUUAUUUUUAUUUCAAAAGGGCUUUUUGUGUUUGGUGAAGUAAAUGUAGGAAGUCAGGCUUGUUCUCCAGGAGGUUUAUAGAUCCACUCUGUGCUUUCUACUGUGCCACAGUACUGUGGUUUUGUGGGGUACCUAUGGAGUGCCGUAGGUAGGAUUGUCUGGCUUGAUUGCUGUUGUUCAAACGGAGAUGAUGGGUCAGAGUGGUUUGGAUUUCACGCUGCA